AUGGAUACUUCAAGUCCUUCAGUGUUUGUGAACGGAGCUCUCUUGAGGCGAUUCGUCGGCCAGAAAGUCAGAACCGUGAUUCAAGUGAUGGGCUCCGACAUGGGCUCUGUGGUCGGAAAAUCCACCGACGAUCUUCAGAUCUUUGUUAGGGGAUCGCCUCCACCUUCUCUGACUACUUACCUCGAGGUCAUUGGAAUUGCCGACAGUGAAAACUCCAUCCGCGCUGAAGUUUGGACCAAUUUCGGAGACAGCUUUGAUGCACUCAACUACAACGAGCUAUGCAAGCUAGCAAAUGGGGAAUUCAAGCAUUUGUUCAUCUAA